UGGCUCUUGAACAGAAUUCUUGUUCCGAAACCUUUGCCUGGUAUCCCCUACAGUCGCCUGACAAGAUGGAUGCCAUGUGGAGACCUUCUCUCGCUUGGUGCCCACAGCAUCAGAGCUGGAUCCACUUUCGAUUGGCUCUCUUCACAAUGCAUAAAGCAUAGAUCGUCCAUCGUUCAAAUUAUGGUUCCUUCGUUCUCAACCAGAACUCCCGUACUGCUCAUUUCGGACCUUCGCCAAAUCAAAGACAUUAUCGUAAAGAGAGUCCAUGAGAUCGACCGGGCCACGCUCAUUCAAUUCUGGUUCAACACAGUUGUUCCGAAUGCCACGACAGGCAUGCAAACGACGCUUUCAUUCAAGCGACAGCGGCGACUAUGGAAUUGCAUGCUUACCCCAGAUUUCCUAGACACCGUUGCAACACCUGCUUUCGAGGCAGCAAUUCGAAGAUCGAUAGAGCUUUGGACAAUCAAAGCUCAAAUGACGGACGGUUCAUCCUUCGCAGCAUAUGACGAUAUAUGUCGAACUACUCUCGAGAGCAUGUGGAAAGUUCUCCUUGGCCGUGAUCUAGGGCUUGCUGGUGCUAGCAUUUCAUACAUACAGGAGAAGGGAGAUCCAAAUACUAGCACCGUGCAGAGCCCUUCAUUCCCCUUCUUCUUUCAGGACUUCAGGACCCUCAUGACGGGACUGCUUUGGGUAGUGACUGGUAUCACGCCACGCAUCUACAAGUUCGUCAUAAACAGGAUCCCUCGUUUCCGUCUUGCCAAGACGAGAACACAUGCAACGCUCAACUCCAUUGUCUAUAAUACCCGAGAACAUCUGAAAGCCAACAUCCCAACAAUUCGGUGUGGACUCAGCGAAGUUUUAAAACAACAAGACGAUACUGUGUCGGAUGUCGCAUUGAUCGACGAGAUUUUAGAGCUUUUGAUCACUGGUCACGAGACUACAGCAACCACGACCGCUUGGGGACUGAAGUACCUAGCAGAUCAUCAAGAAGUUCAGGAACAACUACACAUUGCUUUGAAGCAAGCUUUCCCGGAUGCCACCAAGUCCAAUCUGCCGAGCGGCUUGAAUAUCGCACAGGCUGAGAUUCCUUACCUCGACGCAGUCCUCGCGGAAAUUCUACGAAUGGCAUGUACUGGUCCUGUACUCUUCCGAGAGACGCUCACAGAUUGUGAAAUCAUGGGCCAUCACGUUCCAGCAUUCACCCCGAUCCUCCUGAUAACCCAGCCUCCA